GGCACACCCAUAGACAUUGUAUACACCCACACAUGCACAAGAAAAGCUAUGAUAGUUUAGCAUAGGAAAUAUUGGCCAAUCGGAGGAUUACAGGUGAGGGAAAAAAUUGCCACAGUAUCAGAAACAGCGCUUGGUUUAGCACGUUGAUUAAAAGUUACAUGUUGAUUUAGUUUAAGUUUGGUACAAUAGUAGAGUUCUUUGUUAACGUAAGAAGAUCCUUUAACUGACGCCAGUGGUAAGUCUUAACCAUAUUUAACAAACCGAGAGACGGCAGAAGGGUAGCCUUCAUUGCAUGGCCGUCUACAAGGGGAAGUGAUUUAGGGGGCGUUUGAGACAUUGUUCUCUUUCACGUUCACUUUCAAGGCUCCCUACUCGAACAUUUUCGCCGUUUUUAACUUAGCAGUGCACUGCAUCCAACCCACAGUCCCUCGAACUCACUAUCACAUCUCAGCUGCUCAAGGUAGGCUACUCUGUCGCAACUAAGCACAAGUUUCACCCCUGGUAUGUUUGGUAAAAUCAGACGGAAGACUUAGAACUCAAACAGAGAUUUACUUUACUGCAUACUCCCAUACAUUUCAGAUGACGUCACUCACGUAUACCAACUAUGGAUGCUGAAACGAAACCUUCAAUGCCAGUGCAGAUAUAUUACAUUGUGUAGGUCAGUUGCUUCGGCCUGAAUAAGUGAUCUUAUGUACCAUUGAGGCAAUGAAUUGGAAAUCUGUUUGUCACCGACUUUGCCAAACCUGAAGCCUUGAGUUUUAUGCCAGUGAGCGAUGUCAUAGUACCUUACAACGACCCACACCAUGGCCAAAUGUCCCAUUCACCAGGGGAAGAAGAAGGCUUGCAUCCUAAGACACUAACCAUUGUCUUCCACUGCAAUCAAAUUGUCUAACCAUUUGAUUGUCUGUUGAGUUCCUGAAGAAAUCCUCAUCCAUAUUCUCUCCCUUUCCCUCAUUGCAUCUCUCCUCUCUCUGUUGUAUUGUGUCUCUGUCAUUUAUUUGUCUUUAUUUUUGUUUUAUUUUUGGAGAAAUGGCGGAUGACCUGAUGGCUAUGGCUGAAGACCAGUUCUCUUGUCCGGUAUGUCUUGAUCUGCUUAGGGAACCAGUGACCCUCCACUGCGGUCACAGCUACUGUAUGAAGUGCAUUAAAGGCUGUUGGGACAAGGUGGACCAGGAAGGGGCAUACAGCUGUCCCCAGUGCCGGCAGACGUUCUCCCCCCGCCCCACCCUGGGCAAGAACUGCCUGUUGGCCGAGGUGGUCGAGAAACUGAGGCACAAGGGGGUGCAGCGUGCCACCCCGCCGCCUGCUGUCGCAGGACCAGAGGACGUGGAGUGUGGCGUCUGCACCGGGCGCCGACUCAAAGCGGUCAAGUCCUGCCCAGAGUGCAUGGACUCAUACUGCCAGAGGCACCUCUCGUGUCACGAGGAGCUUCACGCAGGGAAGGGGCACCGGCUGGUGGACCCCUGUGUCGCCCAACUGCGGGAGAAGAUCUGCACCUACCACCACAAACUCCUGGAGGUGUUCUGCCGAACUGACCAGCAGGUCAUCUGCUUCCAGUGUGUCAUGGAGAAGCACAGCGGUCAUAAGGUAGUGGCAGUUGCCACAGAGAGGGCUGAGAAACAGAAACAACUGGGGAUGAAACUGCUGAGGUCCAGACUCUUCAUCAAAGAGCAAGAGAAGAAGAUUGAGGCUCUAGAGACGGAACACGAUUCUAUUUAUUGCUCCACAGGAACUGUGUUGAGAACCAACGAGCGAAUCUUCGAUCAGAUGUUGGUGUCUUUGCGGAAGCGACGCUACAAGGUGGACGAGAUCAUCCUGGCGCAGGAACGUGCCGACAUGCAGUGGUUCAGCAGGCAGAUUCCGAGCCUGCAGCUGUGGAUCACCGACCUCACCAACAAGGCCGCCGAGCUGGAGCAGCUCUCCCACACUGAGGAUGACAUCCAGUUCCUUCAGAAGUUUCAGGCUUUUAGUGAAUCUUUGGCACAGGAUCUGCCCAAUGCUCCAGUCAAGACAAAGUUGCCCGUGCAGGACUUAAUUAAUGCUGCCAAUGAAGUUAAAUCAAGAACUGAGGAUUUAUUCGAGAAACUAAUAGACACAAUUUCUAUGUACGGACCUCAUACUGUCCCAACAGCUGAGCCAAAGACCAGACUGGAGUUUUUACAAUAUGUCUGUGAGCUGACACUAAAUCCUAACACAGCCUCUAGUCGACUGAAGCUAUCUGAGGGGAACCUAGAGGCCACUAUGACCGAGGAGAACAAGAGUAUUCCAGAUCACCCAGACCGCUUUGACUAUCGAAUGCAGGUGCUGUGUGCACAGGCUGUGACCAGCAGAGCAUACUGGGAGUUUGAGUGGGAGGGGGACAAUGGCGUGGAGGUGGUGGUGUGUUUUAAGGGCAUUGACAGGAAGGGCCACCUGGACGAUGCUCUGUUCGGCUUCAACAACCAGUCCUGGAGCUUCGUCUGUUCUCCGCUUACACACAUCUUCUGGCAUAACAAAGUGGAGACUAAGCUGCCAGCCUCUGGGUUCACCCGAAUCGGGGUUUUCGUGGACCCUCCAGCUGGGGUGAUGGCUUUCUAUGGCAUCGGCGACCUUACGACCUCUGACCCUGCGAUGACCCUUCUACACAAUGUCCGCACCACUUUCGACCAGCCACUUUACUUCGGCUUUGGGUUUGGUCGUGGGGCAAGCAUCAAGAUCUGCCACCUAAAGAACCAAAGGGAGUCGUGAGGUGGAUCUUCCAACAGACUAAAAGGCUCCCCAGGGAAGGUUCUCCAGUGAAGGUUACCCAGGGAAGGUUCUCCAAUGUGCCUUACCUUUUGUGUGAAAUCUGUUGAAAGCUUUUCUUUGUUUCUUCUUCGUUUCUUUGUUAUUAUUAUGUUAAAGCAGCUAUACGGAGUUCUGUUCCAAAACAAGUAAGCUAACUACCUAAAAGGCAUGCAAAAACCUUGCAAACACCACCAACAGCCCAGCUGACACUGAUAGAAGCUUGCCAACACACUAACUGGUGUCAAUUGGCAGUUUAGCUGGCAAUGUCAUGCGUAUUAAAGCUUUUCUUCCACUUUUGCAGGGGUGUACCAGCCCUUUACACAGAACUACAUAGGGCAUAUCCUGGAUGGCUAGUGGGAAAGACAAAGGUGUUUAUCUGUCCUUCACAUGACCAUAUGCAAUCAAAAUUAAUUUGAGGAUGGUACCAAAACUAGUUGCCUAUAAAACCAUAUCUCAAAAAGUGUCAAAUUGUUGCAUAGUGUUUCUUUAAUCAGAAAGUUUUUUGUCAUAUGGAAUAGGCAAGGGAAGGAAAUAAUUGAUUAUUGCUACAAACAGUUACACACAUUGUUUUUUACAAUCAGUGAAUAAAUAUCAGUUGAUCAUA